UAAUUAAAAAUGUUGUUUGUUUCACGUUGUACUAGAAUAUAUCAAAAUAUUUUACCAAAACACAAAAAUUGUAUUCACACCAGAGUUUCUAGUCGAAAUGGUUAUGUUGUAUUGUUACCAGAAUUAAGUAAAGAUGUAACUGAACAACUCGUACAAGUAAAUGCAGACCAUCCAAAUUUUACAGAUUUGGACAUAAAGAAAUGUGAGAAUACUAUGAACAAUCAACUUAUUGAUUUUGAGUGUGGUAUACGUGACAUUGAAGAUUACUUGAACUCAGUUGAAGAUGGAAAGUAUGAUUUAUUUAAAGAUGUAUUAGAACCAGUUGAAACUUUAAACAAUAAAUUUGAUCAAAUAUGGUCUAUUUUAAAAACAUUAUAUUUAGCAGAUCUGUCAAAAAUGCCUGCUCGAAUAUAUUAUCCAUUACAUAAUAAAGCUUGUAUGUCUCAUUCAACAAAAUAUAAUAGUAAACCUAUUUAUGAAGCAUGCAAAAAAGCAGAGCUGUCCAAAUUAACUGAAGAACAAGUAGCAGUUGUUAAUAAAUUUAUCAAAGAAGGAAAACUCAAUGGCCUUGAACUAAAUGAAAAAUUAUAUUAUUCAUUUAAAGCUAAUAAGCAAAAAUGUAGUAUAAAACAAAAAUACUUUAAAAUUCGAUUAGAAAUGGCUUGGAGUCAGUUCCAGCAUGUAAUUGACAACCCACAACUAGUUAAAGAUUUUCCAGAAGACCUUCUGACUUUAAUGGCUCUUAAUAAAGAAAAUCCAAAAAAACGUCCAUGGAAAGUUUCUUUAACUUGGGGUGCAGCAGAAAGGUUUAUUGAAUAUUGUCCAGACAGAGAUAUACGUUGGAAUGUAUGGCAAGCUUAUGAAAAAGCAGCUUCACCUGCUGAUGAAACAAGAGAACUUAACAAUGGUUUAGAAGUUGAAGAAAUCCGAAAAUUAAGAGAUGAAGCAGCUGAAAAAUUGGGUUUUAAAAAUUAUGGUGAAUUAUCAUUGAUUACCAAAAUGGCUCCUUCUAUUUCAGCAAUAGAAAAUACACUGAUGACAAUUCUUGAUAAAGCAAGACCAUUACAAGAUCAAGAAAUAGAAUCAUUACAAGAAUUUUCAAAUAAAAAAGGAAAUGAAUAUCCUAUUCAAUUGUGGGAUGUUAAUUACUGGGCAAGAUUACAGAAAAAAGAACUUUAUGGUUAUGAUGAAGUUGAAUGGUCUGAAUAUUUCCCAAUAGACCGAGUUUUAGAUGGUCUUUUUAAUUUAUGUGAACAGCUCUAUGGUAUCCGCAUAUUAGAAGUACCGAAUAAAGCUAAUCUUUGGCACUCUGAUGUUAAAUAUUAUGAAGUAUUACAUGAAAAUGAACCAACUAUUAUGGCUGGAUUUUAUUUGGAUCUCUCUUCACGACCUCAAAAAAUGAAAGUUGUUAGUGAACCUGGUUGGAUAGUGACACAUAGGCCUGCAUCAUCUGUACCAAAAAAAGUACUUCCUAUAUCAGCACUAAUUAUGAAUUUUCAAACAGCAAAAAAUAAAAAUCCAAGUUUAUUAAAUUUCAAUCAAGUGAAAACCUUAUUUGGAAAAUUUGGCCAUUUACUACAAAACAUUCUUUGUCAAGUACAUUAUUCUGAAGUAUCUGGUUUAAGUAAUGUUGAAUGGGAUGCUAUUGGAAUAACCAGCAAUUUCAUGAUUCAUUGGUUGUAUGAAAAAGAAAUAUUUGACAGUAUUAAUAGCCAUUACAAAACUGGAAAAAGAUUACCGAACGAUCAAUUAACUGAACUCAAACAGCAUAUGGCCGGGUUUAAUACUUGUGAAGAACUGUAUAAAUGUAUGCUUGACAUUAAAAUGCAUACUAUUAAAACAAAUUGGAAUGAUCUGGUGAAAGAUAUGUGGAAUGAUUAUUAUGGAUUUCCACUUAGCAAGUGGAACAGUUUCCCAUGCAGGUUUCAUGAAGUUAUGUCCAAUGAACAAGGAGCUGCAAGUUAUUAUUCAUCAUUAUGGUCUAGAAUAAUAGCAGCUGAUGUUUUCCAAUCAUUUAAAGUUCCUGAUGAAAGUGUUAAACAUACAGGCCUCAAUUUUCGAGACACAUUUUUCGCAUUUGGUGGUAGCUGUCCUUCUGGAGAAAUAUUUAGACGUUUCAAAGGACGCGAUCCUAACCCUGAAGCUUUUAUUAGUGACCUUGGGCUUGAUAAAGAUUGUAAUUAAAUAUAAUUUAGCUAUAUUUGAUUAUGUAAAGAAAUAAAAAAUAGAUAUUGAU